GAUGUCACAAAGGUCUGACAGGACUGAAUAAAUCUUACUUGGCUAUAUACCAGUUUGGCAUUUUCACUUAUCAUUUCGGCGGAUAACCACAACCACAGCGAAGACCACAGAGAGACCUCCUUUGGCUCUUCCCACAUUACAGCGGAUAACCACAACUAUUUGAGAGUCAUGGCAUCCAGAUCGUGCAAAUCGAACAACACUGUUCAAUGCUCAGCGAGCACAAAGAGACACUCUGAGGAGAGUCUUGAAAGACCCAGCAAGAAGAGCAGGACAAGUCCAUCAAGUCCCUCCGACAGCUCAGUUAGCAGUAGACCUUGGAUAGUUACUGGGGAGAGUACGACCAGUUCAAAAAGGAAGUCCACUGCUGAUGAGACCGAAGAGGGGCCAAGGAAGAGGAGCAGAGUGACCCCCAUUCCUGCUGAAGACCACAGAGAGACCUCCUGUGGCUCUUUCCACAAUGAGGACGCUCAACCUUCAAGCGAUCUUGAAGACCAUGACGUCCCAAAGAUUAGCCGUCUCGCUAAAGCCAUUAAAGCUGCUUUCGAAGAGAAGUAUGUGGAGCAGGAACUCCUCGGGAAAGGAGGCUUUGGGGCAGUCUUUGCUGGCUACAGGAGACAGGACAAUAUGCCAGUUGCCAUCAAGCACAUUCAUCUGUCAUCAGUUGAUAUCAUCAAGCCUGGGGAUUCUGGGGAUCGCGAACUCCCUCUGGAGGUUGCACUGCUUCAGCAAGCAAAUCCACCAGAAUCAGGACCCAGUGCAGUCGUGGGCCUGCUCAACUGGUACGUUGUGGGGCAAGAAGUAAUUAUUGUUCUGGAGCGACCAGUCCCCUGCAUGGAUCUUGGCGAUUAUUUUAAAACAAGACAGUUCCCUAUGCCGGAGCAUGAGGCGAAAAUCAUAGGAAAGCAGUUGGUGGACGCCCUCAUAGAAAUCCACUCCAGAGGUGUUUUCCACAGGGACAUCAAGAUGGAGAACAUCCUUAUUGAAACCGGCUCUGAUGUCCCUCGUGUGCGCAUCAUAGAUUUUGGAUGUGGCACAUUUGUAACUGAGGAGGCCUACACUUCAGGACCAGGAACCCCUAUGUACAGAUCCCCUGAGUGGAUAAUCAACAGGAGAUACAAAGCUGAACCAGCCACAGUAUGGCAGCUAGGUGUCUUGCUUUAUAAAAUGGUUCAUGGAUAUUUCCCCUUUAACUACCCCAAAAAUAAAGUCUUUGGAAACCUGUAUGUCAGAAAUAAUCUCUCCAACAACUGCCAGGAUUUUCUACAGAGCUGUCUUCUCAAGACCCUAGAGGACAGACCUACCCUGGAGAUCCUGAAGGACCACCCUUGGCUGGUUUAGCCAGGACAACGGGGGGCCCUCUUACCCAAAGUCUAAUGCCACCAUCCCAUUGCACCAUGAUAUGAAAAAAUGUAAAAAGACUUUGUCCUUAAGACUACAACAGCUCAUAAAAAUGGAUCCAGAGUCUUAUUGAACGGACUGAAAACUGAAAAAAUACAUGCCAAAA